CGUCACCCUGCAGCACCGGACAGGGCUGCCUCCGUGCGGGAACAGCCCAUCCGACCUGACACGCAUCACACACCAGCUGCAGAGCAAACAACACAGCACACACACACACACACACACACACAUACACUCCAGCCUUCAUUUGCCACCUUGUUAAAGCUGCAAACAGCGGUCCGGAACAAUCAUGGGCAACGCUCAGCCCACCAUAGUCCCAUAUGAGGACUUUGAUGUCACAGCUGAUAUCAAGGCCAUCAGGAAGGCAUGUAAAGGUUUAGGCACAGACGAAGAGGCCAUUAUUCAGAUCCUGGCCAAUCGCUCUGCGGCCCAGCGCGUGGAGAUCAAACAGGCCUACUUCGAGAAGUACGAUGACGAGCUGGAGGAGGUCCUGAAGAAGGAGCUGACCGGUAGUUUUGAGAAUGCCACCAUGGCCAUGUUGGACCCUCCUCACAUCUACUUUGCCAAGGAGCUGAGGAAGGCCAUGAAGGGGGCGGGCACUGAUGAAGAUGUGCUCGUGGAGAUCCUGUGCACAGCCACCAAUGAGGACAUCUUGAGCUACAAGCAGGCUUACGCCCAGGUUCACGAGCAUGAGCUAGAUGCAGACAUCGAGGAUGACACCAGCGGAGACGUGAGGAACUUGCUGAUGUCACUGCUGCAGGCGAGCAGAGACGAGGGCUAUGAAGUGGACGAGGAUUUAGCCCAACAGGAUGCCACAUCUUUGUUUGAGGCAGGAGAAGGCCGAUUUGGCACUGAUGAGUCGACCUUCACCUACAUCCUGACUCACAGGAACUACAUGCAGCUUCAGGCCACCUUUAAGGCCUAUGAGUCGCUUUCAGGCACAGACAUUUUGGACACCAUUGACUCUGAGGCGACAGGAACUCUCAAGGAGUGCUACAUCACUCUGGUCCGCUGUGCCAAGAACCCUCAGCUUUAUUUUGCCCGACGCCUUAAUGCCGCCAUGAAGGGAGUGGGCACCGAUGAAGACACGCUCAUCCGCAUCAUUGUGGGCCGCUCUGAGAUCGACCUGGAGACCGUGAAGGACAUGUACCUGGAGAAGUACGACGUCACCCUGAAAGACGCUCUGGAUUCCGAGUGCGGUGGCGACUUCAAACGCCUCCUCAUCGAGAUCCUGCACUGAAACUGUCACACUCUCACCGUCUUCCCACAGGCCUUAUUUUAGCCAACGCAACACCCUCUCUCCUCUGUACCCGCUCAUCCUUCCUCCUCCUCUUCUUCACCGUAUACUCCUUUCUCACUCGUUCACUCUUUCUGCUUUUCGUCUUUCUCACGUCUAUUCUCAUCUCACAUCUUAGAGACAGUCAGUUGUAUUCGCAGCAUGGACCAAAAAGCAGUGCAUUAUCAUACAAUACAGCGUUUCACACAUAAACUUACACUCAUAAGCUUUAAAUACACAGUUUUGCCAAGAACAUCACGCCGAGUGGAGACUGCCUUACUGUUUUAACCCAGUACAACCGAGGUGCAUUCAGUAUUUGUUACCCCGUUGACAGCGUUAUUGCAGCCUCGUGUAACUAAUAUGGAAACCGCGCAGCUGAGCAUUGCGUUAAUGCGUUUAUCCAAACCGAUGGUCGUCAUUCACAAUCAGCAGCCUCACAGCCUUUUUUUGUAUUUCAGCUGUACUUCACCAUUUCGAGCGCAUCCCAAAGCUGUAAACGCCGAGAGGCUGCCGCUGCUCAACACACACCACGCAGCCUCCUUCGUUCCUCGCUUUGUUCCUUUGGUUUCAUCGUCAUCCAUUAACUCCACCACCGUAUAAGCCUCAAAGAUGCCUUUUCAUGGGAUGGUGGCGACAUAAUUUCCUUUAUGCUGCAACACUCAACACUUAAGUGCCGAAUUGUCACGUCUGAUCUCUGUUAUCUGAACGCUUUGAAGGAUUCAUUAUACUAAUGGCAAAAAAACAAAACAAAACAACACUUCUGUCAAAAAGCCUGAACUCUAAAGUACACACUGUUUUUGUAGUCACAUCCUGAGAUGAUAUCUGGGAUUUUUAACUUUGUAGUCUUUUCUUCAAUCACAGCUCAUGUUUACACACUUUAACAAACAGUUGCUGUUUUUUUCUGCUAUCAUUGAAUAAUAAUAACUUAAUAACUUUACCUAUAGUAAAUAUAGUCCUACUUCAUAAUUGUGUAAAACUUUGAGAUCAUUAGGUGAUAAUGCUAAUACUGAAAAACACGUAUAUUUGACUCUGUAACCCCUGAAGUACAGUCUGCAAUCACGUGUGGCAUUGUAUCUCAACUGAAUCUUGUCAUAACCAAGAUUACAGUGAUCUGCAUUACUCUUAAUAUUGGUUGUAUUGUCAAAAGUAAAUUAACAAAUUGAAUUAUAUGAAACAAGUCAUUGUUAACAUUGUGGUAUAAGAACAUGGCAUAUGUAUGCAGUGAUAUAAUAUAUAAUAAUAAAUUUAACCCCACCAAAAAACUAAAAUAAAAUCAUGUUGUAUUCCUUUUAUAUCCUGUAGAGGGCAGUAUUGCACCAGUAGGAAUAAGUCUGCCCUUCUUUUUAGGAAUAAAUAUCUGGACAUUGGUGAGAUUACAAUGAAAGGAGCAAGUAAGUAUUUAUAUACUUUCUAGUAUGUGCAACCAUCAUGUGAUCAACACUGAUAUUCUUGGUAAUCAAGCUUUUCCUCUGAUUGUGAACAUACAAAUUUACUGGUUUGCUUACUAUUUCAUAAUGUUUGCGUGUCAGUGGCCUGUAAUUCAAAGCCAUAUAUAAGUUGCUUUUUUCUUUUUUUUUUAACACAACAUCCAGCCCCAAACAUUUUGUCUCACUGCAGAGCACAGAAACCUCUGGGCGAGUUAAAGGCAGAUAGAGGAGAAGAAAAGUUCAAAAACAAGCGAGAACUGCUUCCAGAUGCACGGACACAGGAGCAGCCGAUUUCUCACUUUAUUUUCCCACAGCUUUCUUCUUGUCUUCCUCCCACUCCCUUCCUCCAUGUCUUUUUCACUUUCUGUUGCCUUGAUGUAAAGCUUGUUUCAGUAUCGAGGGCAAGGUUUGGAGCGUACCUGCCCUCCGUGCAUUCCUGCUACCUGUCGUGUACAGAUGCAGUCUGCGCACCAUAUGUGGCCCAGUCGUCCCACCGUCCACCUCAUGCUACACUUUAAAUCUGGCAGCCUGUCUGCUGUAGACUGUGAGCUCCAUGCAUGCCUGUUAAAGCUGGGGAGUGUACAUUCCAGGCAGUGUAUGGACAUGAGUAUGAAGUGUUAGAAUCACUUUUCAAGACAAGUCAAGUCACAUUUUAUCUAUUUUGCCCAAAAUCGCAAAAUAACGGCGCCUUAGGGAGCGUUACAGUCUGAAGCAUCAAGUCUCAAUAUAUUGUAUUUUGUUAAAGAAAUGAUCUUAUUACAACAAGGAUUCAUUUCUUAAUAAAAACAUGGAAGGAACUGGA